CUAACAGCGGAAAUAGCUUUUUUUGAUUAUUGAAUUGUUCAAUACCCCAAACAACAGAAAUUGAAUGAUGUUUAUAAAACCUGGGCCAGAGUUUCAAGAGAAUAAACUUAAAUUAGGAGCUCAGAAUGUGCAGGAAAAAAUGAUGCACUGUUGUUAACCCGGUCACGUGAAAACAGGGUUGGAUACUAAACGUAAGUGCCCCCUGGUGGCCUGGAGAUGGAGGCCCUGGACCACAUGCUGACCGACCCCCUGGAGCCGGGUGCCCCAGAGACCAACGGCGGCAUCAUGGAGGAGUGCAUGCUGGGAAAGAGCUGCGUACGGCUGCCUGAGGACCUGCUGGAGGAUCCUGAGAUUUUCUUCUCUGUGCUGAGUGAGAGUACGUGGACAGACGUCCUGUCGGAGGCCCAGAGGGAGCACCUGUCUCAGUUCCUGCCCUCCUUCCCCGAGGACAACAGCUCUCAACAGCAGCGCACCGUCACCAGCCUCUUCAACAACCACAACUUCAGCUUCGGCAACCCCCUGCACCUCGCACAGAAGCUCUUCAGAGAUGGCUACUUCAACCCUGAGGUGGUUAAGUACAGACGCCUGGUGGCCAAGUCCCAGCGCAGGAGACAACUCUACUGCUUACAGCAGUACUACCACAAACUCCUCAACCAGAUCCUCAUAUCCAGGAAGGAGCUGUUGGAGUGUGCUGCGCGGGGGGGUCCUGAGCUGGCCUUGAGGCGGCGCAUCAGUGGCCCGGAUGCGGGUGAGACGCGGGAGCGACGCGUGAGGAGGCGCGUGGAGCGCAUACUGAGGGAGGUGAGGAGCGAGUGUGGAGCUGGAGACAGCACGCCCUCCUCCGACGAUGACGACGCAGAAGUGGGUCCCUGGCUGAAGAGUCCUCCAUCCCCUUCCUCCCCGACCCUGUCUGUCCCCCUCAAGGUGCUACCCAGCCUCUCCACUCAGGACAUGAAGAGCAGGGAUAAAGUGGAGCUGGUAGAGAAGGAUCUGAGAGCUCUGCUGAGGAGACAUCGAGAGAAGAGGAAACACCAGCCUGACCACCCUGACCUCAUGACGCGUGAUCUCCACCUGGGUGACAUCAUGUCUCGAGUCAACAUCGGCAGGAAGGGCUCCGCCAUGGCGCUGUGUGAACUAGCGUUGCCUAAGAAGCGAGCGCGCGAGGAGAGGAAGAGGAGGAAGAUGAGGCCGACCAUCAAGGUGGAGGCGGAGGACCCCUCGGAGCUGCUCAUGCCCCCCACCGCCAGCAGCACCAGCACCCCCACCACCAGCAGCUCCGGCCCAGGCCCUGGCUCCAGCACUGGCCCCGGCUCCAUAGACCCCACCACCCCAACCCUGCCCCUUGCCACCGUCAAAGAGGAGCCCAUGGAGGAGGGCAGCAUCAGCAGCCCAGCGGUGGUGGAGGAGAUCGCUCUCAGCUUUUUCCACCUGCUGGAGAACAUACUGAGACAGGAGAACCUAGCCACCUCCGCACUGCUGGAGGAGCGCAUUCAGCAGUGGCAGACGUCUCCCGCCAGCACCCUGAACCCCUGGUACUCCCUGGCCCCCUGCUGGUCUGACCUGGUACAGCCGGCACUGCACUUCCUGGCAGGAGAGACCAAACCUGGAGUGAUUGGGCUGCCCAGCGGGUUCUCUCCGUUUGUGGACUUCCAUGAGCACACGCAGCAGUGGAAGUGGCUAGCACCUGUACAGGACGGGGAGAAGGACUUGAGCGCCCUGUGUCAGCUUUGGCUGGAGUCUAAGGACCACGUGACCACCAAGGAGGAAGAUGGUGUGGACGGGACUCCUCCUGCCCCCAGAGUGUGGACGGACUAUGUGGUGAGGCCGAGCACUGGGGAGGAGAGGCACAACUUCCAGGAGCAGGAGCAGCAGCGCUAUGACCAGCCGCACAAGGCCUUCACCUACCGCAUGCACGGCUUCGAGUCGGUGGUGGGGCCCGUCAAGGGCGUGUUCGACAAGGAGACGUCGCUCAACAAGGCCCGCGAGCACUCCCUCCUCCGCUCCGACCGACCGGCCUACGUCACCAUACUCUCCCUGGUGCGAGAUGCGGCUGCCAGGCUGCCCAAUGGGGAGGGCACGAGGGCAGAGAUCUGUGAACUGCUCAAGGACUCCCAGUUCCUCGCCCCCGAUGUCACCAGUGCACAGGUGAACACGGUGGUGAGUGGUGCUCUGGACCGGCUGCACUAUGAGAAGGACCCGUGUGUGAAGUACGACAUCGGCAGGAAGCUGUGGAUCUACCUGCACAGGGACCGCAGCCAGGAGGAGUUUGAGCGUAUUCACCAGGCCCAGGCAGCAGCAGCUAAAGCCAAGAAAGCCCUGCAGCAGAAACCCAAACCGGCCACAAAACCUAAGGGUGUGGGUAAAGAGGGCGGCUCUAAGACCCCGGGGACACCGGAGGCGGGUUCGAGUGGCAGUGGGGAGGGCCCUGCCUUACCCUCCGGCGCUCUGCCCCCUCCCCCCACCACCCCGUCCAACACCCCCAAAUCCCCCCUGCCCACCUCCACGCCCACCAAGGCAGGCAUCCCUGACGCUGUCAAGACCAGCCCUGGUGUUCUGCUGGUGUCUCCUCCCGCCAUGCCUCAGCUGGGGACUCUGCUGUCUGCCGGUCCCGCCGGAGCUCAGGCCCCGCAGGCCUCAGCGCAGCCUGGGGCUCGAGUAGUGGCCCACCCGGCCACCUCCUCCCUGCCCCAGGUGCGGGUGGUGACGGCUCAGCCUGGCCUCCAGACCUCCGCUGCUGGUCAUCACCAGACGCCCACGCUGGUGCACUCUGCAGCGCAGCACAUACGAGUGCCCGUCAGCAUGGCACACAGCAAGGGCAUCACACAGACGGUGGUGAGUCUCCCGCUGAGGACCCAGACGGCGGGCAGCCCUGUGCAGGUGCAGACGAGUCGGGGCCAGACGCUCACCGUAUCCGGCCUGGCCUCCGCCGUCAUGGCAACCAAACCCCCCUGUAGCAGCCCGGGAAGCCCCGCGCACACACCCACCUCACCCGCCAUACUCAAGCAGGUUGCCAUCACAGGUCAGCUGAAGGCCCAGGCAGCAGGUCUCGGCACUAGUGUCGCCACCUCCACGGCAUCGCCGGCGGGCAUCCCCUUGACCGCCACCAACCUGCGCAUCCAGGGCAAGGACGUGCUGCGCCUGCCCCCUUCCUCCAUCACCACGGACGCCAAGGGCCAGACGGUGCUGCGCAUCACCCCCGACAUGAUGGCCACGCUCACCAAGAGCCCCAUGGCCACCGUCAAGCUCACCCCCGACAUGCUCACCGCCGUCUCUACCGCCGCCGGCACAGUAGGCACAGCGGGCACCGCCCCCAAGGCGCUCUCCGCCACGCUACACGUCACGGGGCCCUCCACGACCAUCACGGGCCCCGUGGACGCCAAGGUGGUGGUGGCGGGGGCGGCGUCGGGACCUGGGGGAGGAGGAGGAGGGGUGAAAGGUCACGUAGUGUCGUCGUCGGACGCGGUGUCUUCGACGACGGCUGCCAUUCGGCUCAUGCCCGCACUGGCUGUGACCGUGCCCGGCGGCGAGCAGCAGAAGGGGCGCGGGUUCGCCAGCGCCGCAGGGACAGCUACGGUAGUCAGCCCCACCUCGGUGUCCCCUGGUGGGGCGGAGGUGACGGUGGGUAAGGCCCCGGGGCCGGGAGGGGGCACCACCAUCCGCAUCAUGCCCGGACUGGGCGUCAUCUCCCCGCAGAAGGCCACCUCCUCCGUGGGAGCCAUGGGGAUGGGCGCCAUGGGGAUGGGGGUCCAGGGCAUCAGCAUAACAGCCGGCAGCACCGUCAGCGUCAACGUCACCACCACCGGUAACGUGGUGUCUGUCGCCGGGAAACCGGCCAGCGUUGCCAUAGCCACCAGCUCGGGGGUGGGGGUGGUGGGAGGGGCUAAGGGGGUGGUGACGGCGGGGGCUGCCGGGGGGGUCACGGCCACGCCUCUGUCCAUAGGAGCCGCGGGGACCGUCACCGUACGCCAGGCUCCGGUCAGCGCCACCGUGGUCGCCACGCAAGCAGGCAAGCUUCCUGCUCGCAUCACAGUGCCCCUCUCGGUGCUCAGCCAACCACUGAAGAGCAAGAGUGUGGUGACCACGCCCCUCCUUAAAGGCAACAUCAGCACCAACCUGAGUACUCUGGGUAGGAACAUCAUCUUGACUACGAUGCCUGCUGGCACCAAGCUGAUAGCGGGGAACAAACCCGUCAGCUUUGUCACCGCACAGCAGCUGCAGCAGCUCCAGCAGCAGGGGCAGGCCACACAGGUGCGCAUCCAGACAGUACCUGCUCAGCAGCUUCAGCAGAGGACGGCCUCCGGCUCGCCCAAAUCAGUCUCUACGGUCGUCGUGACAACAGCACCUUCGCCCAAGAAGACGCCAGACCCCCAGUGACACCCCUCAGCCACCACUGGAAAAAAGUGUGUGUGUGUGUGUGUGUGUGUGUAUGUGUGUGUGUGUGUGUGUGUGUAUGUGUACUUGAAUGAGUAUGUGAGUGUGUAUUUUGAGUGUAUGUGUGUGAAUUUGUGAGUCUUGGAAGAAUUCAGUUUUUUUGUGUAAAAGAAGGCCUUUGUGAUAACACAUUUUUCAAUAAGAGCUUGUUAUUGAUGUCCAACUGACUUGCAGAUAUAAUAGAAAUAAAUACCAAUCAUUUCAGAUG